AUGCCCACUAUCUCGGUCGACAAGGCCGCGCUCUUCAAGGAGCUCGGACGGGAGUACACCACCGAGGAAUUUGAUGAGCUGUGCUUCGAAUUCGGUAUUGAGCUCGAUGAAGAUACAACAAAUUCAGACCGACCAAUCGUGGAUGGAGUGCAGGAACCUCCUCAGCUCAAGAUCGAAAUCCCGGCCAACCGGCUGGUCGAGCCCGCAAACGGUGAGCUGCAGAAGAUCAUUGUAAAAGAAGAUACUACGAAAAUCCGACCCUUGGUCUCUGGUGCUAUCCUGCGGAAUAUCAAGUUCGAUCAAGCUCGCUAUGAAUCUUUCAUCGCCCUGCAAGACAAGCUCCACCAGAACCUUGCAAGACAAAGAACGCUCGUUUCGAUCGGUACUCACGACUUGGAUACGAUACAAGGACCUUUCACCUACGAGGCUUUGCCACCCAAAGACAUCAGAUUUGUUCCUUUGAACCAGACCCAGGAAAUGAACGGAGAGGAGUUGAUGACUUUCUACGAGAAAGACAAGCACCUGGGUAAAUACCUUCACAUUAUUCGCGACUCCCCUGUCUACCCCGUCAUCUACGAUUCGAAGCGGACAGUUUGCUCACUGCCUCCCAUCAUCAAUGGCGAUCAUUCUAAGAUCACCCUGGACACUAAGAACGUUUUCAUCGAGAUUACUGCCCUUGACAAGACGAAGGUUGAGAUCGUCAACAAGAUGAUGGUUGCGAUGUUCUCCCAAUAUACUUCGGAGCCUUUCACAAUUGAGCCAGUCCAAAUCGUCUCCGACCAUAACGGCGAGACUAGAGUUACGCCGGAUAUGUCUUCUCGUACAACCCAGGCUGAGGUCUCCUACCUUAACCAAUGCUGCGGCUUGAACCUUUCUGCAGAGGAAAUCGCGAAGAUCCUGACGAAGAUGGCCUAUACCGCUAGACCCUCUGCGGAAUCCGCCGAUCUGAUCGACGUGGACAUCCCUCCUACUCGUGCUGACGUCCUCCACCAAGCAGAUAUCAUGGAGGAUGUCGCCAUUGCUUACGGCUUCAACAACCUCCCACGGUCCUUCCCAAGCAAGUCUGGUACCAUCGCCCAGCCCUUACCUAUCAACAAGCUCUCCGACAUUGUCCGAACUGAGGCUGCGAUGGCGGGCUGGUCUGAGGUGUUGCCUCUCAUCCUAUGCUCCCAUGACGAGAACUUCGCCUGGCUCAACCGCAAGGAUGAUGGUAACACUGCCGUUAAGCUGGCCAACCCCAAGACACUGGAGUUCCAGGUCGUCCGCACAAGUCUCUUGCCUGGUCUUCUGAAGACCAUUCGUGAAAACAAGCACCAUACCGUUCCCAUGAAGAUCUUCGAGGUCAGCGAUGUGGCAUUCAAGGACCUUUCGCUCGAGCGUAAGAGCCGGAACGAGAGACACUUUGCCGCCGCUUGGUACGGCAAAAACAGUGGUUUCGAAGUCGUCCAUGGUCUUCUGGAUCGCGUCAUGUCCAUGCUCAAGAGUGCGUUCAUCACCGGCGAGGAGGGUCUCGAGAACCCCGGUAUGAGCGACUCGCAGUACUGGAUCGAGGAGCUUGACGAGGCAACCUACUUCCCCGGCCACGCCGCGUCUGUCCACGUGCGCAUUGGCGGCAAGGAGCACGUCAUUGGUGCCUUCGGUAUCUUGCACCCUACAGUAUUGGAGAAGUACGAACUGAAAUACCCAGUCAGCACGCUGGAGCUCAACAUCGAGGCUUUCCUAUGA